AUGCGCUUUGGCGAUAACUGGCAGUAUCAUGGCUUAUAUAUCACUCAGGGCAGCCAUGUGGUCUGCUGUAAAAGACUACCGCGACGACUGCCGAAGCCAGAACGUGAGCCCACCAACACCACCCAUCCUCACUGGGAUUGUGUGAGCGGCCAAUAUCUAGGGCAGCAGACCUACGGCCACGUCUCGGGGGCUUGUGCAAAAGCAUUGCGUGCGGUUUUGUCAAGCCCGCCGGGUCUGAGCCUGUUUCUCUCCGAACCCAGAGCCGACCAGCAUCAUUAUCCUCCUAGGGAUAUCAUGGAGCAUCAAGAGACGGUUGGUAAGGUGUACACUAUCGUCACAUGGGUCUUGAGCAUCCUCGCGGUUUUCAUUCUUCUCUACAUCGACGAAAUUUACGGUCCCAACUCUUCUUAUCUAGGCUCUUAUACUUCAGGUGGCCAUGGCUAUCCUCCGGAGGGUAGCAAUUGCCUAUGUAUACUCCGGAAGGUAACCGCUCGAAUGAUUCUGGCAAUUUUGGUAAUUUUCAUCUGGCUCGCGCGGUUGCUCCGACGUCGUGCGACGUGGACGGUGAUUCUGGUAUUUCUGUUGAUUCUGGUGAUUCCGGUGAAUCCGCUGGCCCAGGUGACUCUGACAACUCUGACAAUUCUGUGGAGCAUGGUGACUCUGUUAAUUCUCGUGAUUCCAGUGAUUGUGGUGAUUCUGCUGUGUUUGAUGAUUCUGGUCAUUCCGUUAAUUGGUGCCUGGCUUGAGCGUCGUCUCCUGCCGCGGCUGUGGCAUCAUGGUAUCUAG